AGUCUUAGACAACUAGUAAAACCGCACACCAACUUUCAAAAGUUGAAUUGUAGUCGCAAAGAAAAAAGACCAGCGUUUUCUCUUCUUCUGUUCUGUGCUUUCACUUUCAGAAUUGGAGGCAGAAAAUGAAUCAAGAAAUGAACGGUAGCGAAACUGAGGGUCACCUGGAAAGUGGGCCAGAUAAGAUAGACUAUGUGUUCAAAGUGGUGGUGAUUGGCGACUCAGCCGUGGGGAAGACUCAGCUUCUGUCCAGGUUUGCCAAGAAUGAGUUUUGUUUAGACUCAAAAUCCACCAUUGGAGUUGAGUUUCAGACCAGGACGGUAAACAUCAACUCCAAAUUUGUUAAGGCUCAGAUCUGGGACACUGCCGGUCAGGAGAGAUACAGGGCUGUAACAAGUGCUUACUACAGGGGGGCUCUAGGGGCAAUGUUAGUCUACGACGUUACGAAGAGACAGAGCUUUGAUCAUGUGGCUAGAUGGGUUGAGGAGCUGAGGGCUCAUGCAGACAAUUCCAUCGUGAUCGCCUUAAUUGGCAACAAAGCUGAUCUUGCUGAUCUGAGGACAGUCCCCACAGAGGAUGCUGUGGAAUUCGCAGAAAAUCAAGGUCUGUAUUUUUUUGAAACAUCGGCACUUAGUGGGGAGAAUGUGGAUACAGCAUUCCGUAAGCUGCUUGAGGAGAUCUACAAUGUGAUAUCCAAGAAGCCAUUAGAUAGCAGUAAUACUGUAAAGCCAGACUUGAAUAAUGGGGGACUGCUCAAGGGAUUAAAAAUCGAUGCAACAUCAGGUGCUGAUUUUGAAGUAAGUGAGAUGAAGAAAUUAUCCACCUGUUCUUGUUGAGAGAGGUGGAAUUAAUUGUUGGGUGAGGUUUUGCAUUUAAGUGUUGUGUG